AUGAUGAAUUUCGCUUUAAGCAGUCAGUUUUACAUCGAUGCUCUCGAACGAGCUAUCCAGGAGCAGGUGCCGCAGCAUUUCCAAACGCUAGCGGAGGAAAACCAGUUGAACCCAUUUGAUCUGGUACCGCUGGACAUGAUAACAACGAUGGUGGGUCGUAGCCCGGAGGAUGAUUCGAUCCCGGCCUCGAAUGAAAUCGCACCCGCAGUCGACCCAAGCCAGCAGUUUCAGCUAGAGCAGCAGCAUCACUCGGACGAGCAGAACAGUAGUAGUGGUAGCGAAGGCAACCCAUUCUGUGACAUCAAUGAUAAUAGCAUUCUGGUUGAGUUUGAAAAGAUUGAUGAUGAUCUGGAGGACGGAGGCUGUAAUAAAGAAAACAAUACUCUAUACGAAGACGGAGAGCCAUCGCAUGCCACAAUCACAAUCGAGGGUCCGGAUAAUCAGAUACUGGCUCGGUAUCGGUGCAACUAUGGGAGCUGCAAUCGAAGCUACAGCACGGUUGGCAACUUGAGAACGCACAUGAAAACUCACAGAGGCGAGUACAAGUUUAAAUGUACCGAAGAGGGCUGCACCAAAGCCUUCCUGACAUCCUACAGCCAAAAGAUCCACAUUCGCGUUCACACCAAGGUGAAGCCGUACAUCUGCAGUGAUAGCAGCUGCCGAAAAGCUUUCAACACCCGGUACCGGUUACGGGCCCACGAACGGCUGCACAACGGUGAAACAUUCAACUGUGCCAUCUGUCAGAAGGUUUUCACCACGUUGAGCGAUCUGAAGAAACACUCGCGCGUUCACACCCAAGAGCGACCGUAUAAAUGCAAGGAGGAUAAGUGUGGUAAGGCAUUUACGGCGUCACAUCAUUUGAAAACGCACAUUCGAACGCACUCGGGUGAGAGACCGUUUUCGUGCAAAAUUACCGACUGCAACAAAUCCUUCAGCACGCCACACAGUCUGAAAACGCACUCGAAAACGCACGAAAAGCCGAAGAAAAAGUUCUCCAAGCUUGCAAAACUGAAAAAGGUGCGUUCGACGCUGCAAUGGCAAGAACGGAUGGAUGCAAGUACAGUCGUGCUAGAAGAAGGUGAAAAUGAAGCCAAACGUGUGCAUACCGUCGAACCGGAAGCACAAGAUCACCAAAAAUUAUACGAACAAACAGCAAAUGUUCAACAGGUGGAUAUUAUGGGGUAUGUUUCGGAUGCGUCAGUGCAGGAAGAGUACGGAUUUGUGCAGGUGAAUGAUUUCCACGAAUCGAAAGCACUCGAAUUGGCGUUGGCCGCUGAGGAAGAGCUGAAUCCACAGUGGAUCGAUAUUUCGAUGCUACAAUCGAAACCGCUCGCCGCUCUCGAUCCAGUCACGUCCGCUUGUGUCGCCCUGCCCACGAGUGUGCCAUCAUACGUGGACCUCUCGUUUAAUGUGAACGUUGCCGGCUUUAUGCCUUCCACUGAGGGUAACGUCGUCACGUCCACCGGAAGCCCGGCGUUGGUGGGAGAGAUGUCUGUCCAAGGGCCCCAGGUGUUUACCAUUGGGAAUUACUUUGAUGAAAGUUUGCUUGAGAGUGCCAAUGCUACGGUACAAAUCGAUCGUGCGAUACAGAACAGUAAGAAGCGUGUUGGUGGCGUGAAGCAAGAAGAACAAGAAGCAACGGAUAAGCUGAUAAACGAACUGUUUGCAGACGAGUUCUUGCCCAAGCUAGAUGCCACAUCGGACACUAUGGGUGCCGGUGGUGUUUUGCUAGAUAGCAAAAGCUUUUCAUCGAUCGAUACUGAUAAAAGCGGCGAACAAAAUAUCUUAACGAGCGCACCGAUCACCUUGCAUGAUGCUUCCACUAAAACGCUUAAGGAUAUAACGGCCGACGCCGACAUUUGUCGGUGUGUCAAUUGUCAGUGUGAUCCGAUGCAAGGUUGUAUUGGAGGCUGUGGACCAGAGAAACCUUGUCAUAUACCUUCCUCCACCAGAUCGGGUCACAGCGGUUGUUCUUCAAUGGUACAGAACACUCAGCAAGCACUCGAGCAUCAGGUGCAAAUGCCCCAAAUCGCACCAGUACAAACGGCACCUGUAUCACUCCAGUCCACAGCACUCACCGGUUUGGAUUUGGUGGGAUUGGAAGAGCAACAACCGGAACAACCAAAACCAGCUUCACCGGAAUCGUUUUGUUGCAAAGCCUCCGCUCCCAGCAUUACUGGAGCAGCAGCAGCUGGGUCAGGACUUGCGCCCAAGCUGACUGAUCAGUUGGAACCGUUGGCGAACAUGUUAAAAAGUUUACAGAGUUGCUCCUGUGCUGGACCGCGUGAUGGCCACUCUAAGGGGUGCUGUGUCGUGAUUUGCCUGAAGACGCUAGAAACACUCAAAAAGGUACUGAGCACACAUUCUAGUCUGAUCCAGUGCCACAGCAGUAGCAGUGCUAUCAUCAAUUAA